AUGGCCAUCCAAGCCUGGAGGAGAUCAGAGAUAUUCCAAAUGACGACGAAUGAGCGAGGCUAUACGAUCAGGGAGACGCUGUCCGGGAACAGGCGGCCGCUCAAAGUGAUCUGUGCCGGUGCUGGAGCAUCUGGAAUCUGCCUUGCAAAAUUCAUCCAAGACGAUGCGGAGAACGUGGACCUAGUGGUGUACGAAAAGAAUAGCGACAUUGGAGGGACUUGGCUCGAAAAUAGAUACCCGGGCGUUGCUUGUGACAUUCCGAGCGUAAUCUAUCAAUAUAUCUGGAAUCCUGAAGUUUGGUCAAGCUACUAUGCCGGCGGGCCAGAGAUUUUGAGCUACUUCCAGAACACGGUCAAGAAAUACGGCCUGGAGCAGUUCAUUAAAUUACGACAUCAGGUCGAGCGCGCUGAAUGGCUCGAGGAUGAGGGACUGUGGAAGGUAACCGUAACUGAUCUGAAGACUGGCGAUCAGUUCGUGGACCAUGCCGAGAUCUUCGUGAAUGCGAUGGGUUUUCUCAAUGAUUGGCAUAUGCCCAAGAUUGACGGGCUGGACAAAUUCGAAGGCGUCAUUGCCCACUCUGCAAACUAUCCGGAAGGAUUAGACCUGAAGAACAAGCGUAUUGCAGUGGUUGGCAAUGGCUCGAGUGGAAUUCAGCUUGUUGCAAAUGUCCAACCCGAGGCUGCUCAUCUUUACACUUGGGUCAGGUCUGGUACAUGGCUGACGCCAGGCUUCGCCCAGAAAUGGGCGGGAGAAAAGGGGGCUAACUUUGACUACUCAGAGAAACAGAGAAAGAUCAUGCGUGACGACCCAGAAAAGUACUUGAAGUACCGCAAGAAUGUCGAGACCGAGAUGGUCGCCGGCUUCGCAGUCUUCCACCGAAACAGUCCUGAGUCGAAGGGCGCCCUAAAGUACGCAUCCACCGAGAUGUUGGCGAAGUUGGAGGGCCACGAAAAGCUCGCUGAAACUUUGAUACCUAAAGACUUCCCGGUGGGAUGCAAGAGGCCAACGCCAGGUAAUGGCUACUUAGAAGCCCUGACUCAAUCAAACGUCACAGUCUUUACUGGCUCGGGACUUGAAAGGAUUACUGAGAGUGGGAUCAUCGACCCGGGCGGGAACGAGCAUGAAGUGGAUGUCAUCAUCUGUGCUACUGGAUUCAACACCUCCUGGGUACCCAGAUUCCCAAUCAUAGCCAAAGGCAUCAACUUGCAAGACAUCUACCGCGAGAAGCCUAUCGGAUAUCUGGGCGUCGCCGCUCCACAAAUGCCCAACUACAUGACAGUUUACGGACCGUACGGACCUCUCGGCCAGGGCAGCGCUAUGCCAAUGAUCGACCUCUUCAUCAAAUACAUCCUCCAGAUGAUCCAGCACAUCCAAGAAGAAGACGUAAAGAGUGUCACCCCAAAACAGGAAGUCAUCGACCAGUAUGCCGAACACGCAGAUCUCUUCAACGACCGUACAGUUUGGAACGCCCCUUGUCGAAGCUGGUUCAAAGGGAACAAAGUAGAUGGGAGGAUCAUGCUGCAUCCGGGAACCAGGAAUCAGUACAUGAUGAUGAUGUCUAAACCGCGUCUGCAGGACUAUGAUUUCGAGUAUCGGUCGAAGAACAUGUGGGCGUGGUUAGGGAACGGUUUCUCGGAAAGAGAUUGCAAUGGAAAAGACCUGACUUGGUAUCUCGGCACGGUUGAUGAUGAGGAUAAGCAGCGUGAGUACGAUGUGUCUGAGUUCUUGCCGUCGUAA